AGACUGUAGGACUGGAGGUGGCCUCGGCAGAGGAGGGUGAAGUGGGAGGAGUGAGAUGUGGGGAAGAGGAGAUGCCAAAAUUGACUUUCAGGCUCCGGAAGCCUACAGCUCUCAGCCUCCGCUGUUUUUGAGUUGCAAAUGAUCUGGCAGUGGUGGGUUGCAGGCAGCCCGUGCCAUUGCCUGGAAGAAGACUUCCAUCUUUCAGUCAUUAGUUCCAACGGGCAGUGUGUUCUGGAAGCGGGUGGCAGCAGGGAGGAGGAUGCUCUGAGCAGAGUUCUUGACGCUCCGCUCUUGGGGGAAGCCGGGCUGUGUGGGGGGAGCCUUCCGACUGAGCCGGGAGCGUGUGAAUUGGAAAGGAUCCUGAGAGCUGCCUGGUCCCAGUUCCUCUCCGGAAAAGCUGUCGCUCUCGCUUCAGAGAUGCGCCUAGCCUUCGCCUGCAUCACGCUGCAUGUUCUAACAAAUUAUUGAAACUACAAACAUCUACAGCAGUUUCAUGUGGACAAACUGCAAAUUCUGAAAGCCUGAAGUAUUCCAUCAUGAAACACACCGUGUAAAAUCUUUGAAGCAUAAACGCCUGCCCUCACCCCGCCCCCCAACCUGGAUAAGGAAUCCCUCAUCCUGUGUGUAAGGAACUCCUCAUCUACACCAUGACAAACCAGGAGAAAUGGGCCCAUCUCAGCCCUUCAGAAUUUUCCCAACUUCAGAAAUAUGCUGAAUAUUCCACGAAGAAAUUAAAGGAUGUUCUUGAAGAAUUCCAUGGUAAUGGCGUGCUUGCAAAAUAUAAUCCUGAAGGGAAACAAGAUAUUCUUAACCAAACCAUAGAUUUUGAAGGCUUCAAGCUGUUCAUGAAGACCUUUCUGGAAGCUGAGCUCCCUGACGACUUCACUGCCCACCUUUUCAUGUCAUUCAGCAACAAGUUUCCCCAUUCCAGCCCAAAUGUAAAGAGCAAGCCUGCUCUGCUGUCAGGUGGUCUGAGGAUGAAUAAGGGUGCCAUCACCCCUCCACGUUCUUCUCCAGCAAAUACGUGCUCCCCGGAAGUGAUCCACCUCAAGGACAUUGUCUGCUACCUGUCUCUCCUUGAAAGAGGAAGGCCUGAGGAUAAGCUUGAGUUUAUGUUUCGCCUUUAUGACACCGAUGGGAAUGGUUUCCUGGACAGCUCGGAGUUAGAGAACAUCAUCGGGCAAAUGAUGCAUGUCGCGGAGUACCUGGAAUGGGACGUCACUGAACUCAAUCCGAUCCUCCAUGAAAUGAUGGAGGAGAUAGACUAUGACAGGGAUGGGACUGUGUCUCUGGAGGAGUGGAUUCAAGGGGGAAUGACGACCAUCCCGCUUCUCGUCCUGCUGGGCUUGGAAAAUAACGUGAAGGAUGAUGGACAGCACGUGUGGAGACUCAAGCACUUCAACAAGCCCGCCUACUGCAACCUCUGCCUGAACAUGCUGAUUGGCGUGGGGAAGCAGGGCCUCUGCUGCUCCUUCUGUAAGUACACAGUCCAUGAGCGUUGUGUGGGGAGAGCCCCUCCCUCCUGCAUCAAGACCUAUGUGAAGUCCAAAAAGAACACAGAUGUCAUGCACCAUUAUUGGGUCGAAGGCAACUGCCCAACCAAAUGUGAUAAGUGCCACAAGACAGUAAAAUGUUACCAGGGCCUGACGGGGCUGCAUUGUGUUUGGUGUCAGAUCACACUUCACAAUAAAUGUGCUUCCCAUCUGAAGCCGGAAUGUGACUGUGGACCUUUGAAGGACCAUAUUUUACCACCCACCACAAUCUGUCCAGUGGUAUUGACUAUGCCCACCGCAGGAGGUUCCGUUCCUGAGGAAAGGCAGUCAACAGCUAAAAAGGAAAAGAGCAGUUGCCAGCAGCCAAAUAAAGUGACAGACAGGAACAAGAUGCAAAGAGCUAAUUCUGUUACGAUGGAUGGACAAGGUUUGCAGAUCACUCCUGUUCCUGGGACACACCCGCUUCUAGUUUUUGUCAAUCCCAAAAGUGGCGGGAAGCAAGGAGAACGAAUUUACAGAAAAUUCCAGUAUCUUCUAAAUCCUCGUCAGGUUUACAGCCUUUCUGGAAAUGGACCAAUGCCAGGGUUACACUUUUUCCGUGAUGUCCCUGACUUCAGAGUGUUGGCGUGCGGAGGAGACGGGACCGUGGGCUGGAUUUUGGAUUGCAUAGAAAAGGCCAAUGUGGUCAAGCACCCUCCCGUUGCUAUUCUGCCUCUCGGGACUGGCAAUGACCUAGCAAGAUGCCUGCGGUGGGGCGGAGGCUAUGAAGGUGAAAACCUAAUGAAGAUCCUAAGAGACAUCGAAAGCAGCACAGAAAUCAUGCUGGACAGGUGGAAGUUUGAAGUCACCCCCAACGACAAGGACGAGAAAGGAGACCCUGUGCCUUACAGCAUCAUCAACAACUACUUUUCCAUUGGCGUGGAUGCUUCCAUUGCACACAGAUUCCAUAUCAUGAGAGAAAAGCACCCAGAGAAAUUCAACAGCCGAAUGAAGAACAAAUUCUGGUACUUUGAGUUUGGCACAUCUGAAACCUUCUCAGCCACCUGCAAGAAGCUACACGAAUCAGUAGAAAUAGAAUGUGAUGGAGUACAGAUAGAUUUAAUAAACAUCUCUCUGGAAGGAAUUGCAAUUCUGAAUAUACCAAGCAUGCACGGAGGAUCUAAUCUUUGGGGAGAGUCUAAAAAGAAAAGAAGCCAUCGACGGAUAGAGAAAAAAGGCUCUGACAAAAGGCCCACACUCACGGAUGCGAAAGAGCUGAAGUUUGCAAGUCAAGAAAAUGAAAGAAAAAUGCAGGGUUCUGUCAGUACGAAGUUACUAAGCUGCACCUGGGCGCUGCUGUACCCAUCUGGAGGGCUCACUGAUCUGAGUGACCAGCUGCUGGAGGUUGUUGGCCUGGAAGGAGCAAUGGAAAUGGGCCAAAUAUACACGGGGCUGAAAAGUGCAGGCCGGCGGCUGGCUCAGUGCUCCUGUGUGGUGAUCAGGACCAGCAAGUCCCUGCCAAUGCAGAUUGAUGGAGAGCCGUGGAUGCAGACCCCAUGCACGAUAAAAAUUACACACAAGAACCAAGCCCCGAUGCUGAUGGGUCCUCCCCCGAAAACUGGAUUAUUCUGCUCGCUCAUCAAAAGAACAAGGAACCGAAGCAAGGAGUGAACCUCUAUCACGAGAAAUUUAAACAGUAUACUUGGGCCAUGGAACACUCUGAAACAUUUCAGGUCUCCUGCUCCUACAAAAUCAUUGGAUUAACAGUUUUUGUUAUUGAGCUGAUGUAAAAUUUGGCCAUUAGAGAGUCUGUUGUUUCUGUUCUUCUAGGCAUAUUUGCAUGAAAAAAGUAGAAGUUUCUAUGACGCGCUGCACAUAUUUUAGUUGCAUGCAUUCCCAUGGGGUUUUCUGUCUCCCACUCGCAUCUUACCCCAUUUCCAUUUACUGACUGUGAGGAAAAACCUGGGAAAGAUCAAAGAAAUAAGACGGGAAAUGAUUCUUGAUGUAAUUGCUGUCUUUGGCACUAAUAAGUAAGCUUGCAACAAUUCCUAGUGCAAACUGCCAUCCUUUGCUCAUUAGAGUCAGUGUACCCGUGGUAUUGGUCUUGUGGCGUGAGAAAAAGCAUAAUUCAAAGAUGUUAUUAAAUAGCUGUCUAUGAUACCGUGUUCUAUCUAAUAGUCUGUUUUUUUUCAACAUCUUUAUUCUUCUGAAUGGACAUUAGCAUACCACACAUAAAAUUUUUCUUGUGUUAAAAAAAAUAGAAAAUGGUAUUUAUUUUGUUUAGCUUUUUUUUUUUUUUUUUUAAUUCCAAAACCAUGAGUGAAAAUAUGUUACUGGCAGUAAUUACGAUAAUACAACAAGCCUUAUUCCUUUCUGUGUAAAAGUCUGGACGCAAAUGCAAAACUCACAAUAGUAGUGAAAUAGAUGGUUUCAACUAUGUGCCUAAUGCAUCUGUUUCCCACCAGAGAAUGAGAAAAGUAGAGUUAUUAUGAGUUUGUGAAAAGUAAAAUGUCAGAAGAAAGUGAGUUACCCCCUUUUUGUGAUUAAAAGGCUCACCAUUCAAAACAAGUAAACCAUACAGCAUACUCAAAGCUCAGUGACCCAUUUCAUGGCAUUUGGUCCCUCUACCAUAUAUGACUGUGAUUUUUUAAAUGGAUCUGUUAAGUGCACUUCAAGAAGGUAAAAGUUUAACUACAUUGGUUUCUUCUAGGACAGAUUGGAACCUGCAAUAAUACUGAGUUCACUGAAUCAAAUCAUGCAUGCAAUAAGCCCCUAAUGACUCAUUCAUUCCAGCCCCGUCUCUAUGCCAUUUCAAAUGUUUGGUAACAUAUAAUGGCCUGGCUCACAGUUUGAGGUGUUCAUGGCAUAGUUUGGUCUCUGAAUGUUUACAGAAAUGUGGAACUCAGAGAAACAUAGUGUUUCUAUAGGCUAUCAUAUGAAAUGAAAUACUUCUGGGCAGUCUCAGUGUAAUCCAGUCACCCUGACCUGCAUCUCCUCACUGCAUGUUUUAUGUUUUCAAGCACCACGCCAUCAGGAAAACAAGUACUUGAAAUGCAUGAUUUAUCAGCUUUCCUCUCUGCUCGGCAUUAAAGUGCUAAUGAUUUAUCAGUUCUAUUUUUCUAUUGAUUCUUUCAUCUUUGAAUAACAAAUAGCAGUUAGUUAUUCUGUUGAACACAACUCUGUGCAUGGAUUUAUUGAUUUCAAGUGAAAUUGCUGUAAUUUUAGCUCUUUGGUUUGAAAACUCAAGAGUAUGCUGUUGUAUCAAAUAGCUACUCUCAAGCAAUGUUUCUGUAAUGAAAGAUUAUGUAUAAAGUGUAUUCCUUUAGUAUUCCAGGAACAUUGGAUGCUAAAUACCAAUCAACAAUAACUUUAAUUGCUUUAAAAAUAAAGGCUUUUGAGUAGAAUUAAGACAAAAUUUAGCUUACCCAGGAAAAUAUGAUUAAAAUUGCAAAUUCAGUACAGCAAUCAGUUGUUCCUAGUAUAGUGAUAAUAAAAUAGUCAUUCAUUAGAGCAGCGAUCUAGAUAGACCAAGAGAAUGUUCAAAGCAACCACAAAUGCAUCACUGACAUAAUGUUACAUAACACACUCGUUGCUUUUGCGCAUCUAGGACUACAGGUAAUAAAUGUUUCCACAUAAAUUCACGUGGUUUUUACCAUGGGCAGGCAGACCUUGUGCCAAAAUGCUAUUUUGAAUCAACAAAUUAUCUCAUGCUCUGGAGGACACUAAGGCAGUCGCAGUUUCUGAAUCGUUUGCAGCUUCUGUGCACUGGGAAGCGAUUACCGAAAACUCAAGAACUGGCCUGUAUGAUUGCAGCAGCUGAAACAGUGGGCCCUGCUGCACUUCGGCAGAGCUACGUGAUCAUAACCAGGGCCGACAGGCACCACAUUUCAAUCCAUUAGAUUCACAGAAAACACUAAUAAGUCUUCAAAAAGGAAUCAAAUUUUACUUUUCUAAACUCAUUUUUUUUAAAGAUAACUGAUGUGCUUGCCCUUCGAGUACACUACUCCUGGGGUUUGGAAAGUAGUUUUUUAAAAUCUACUUUGAUGGUUUUGAAAUCAGAGAAGAUAUUCUCUUCUUUUUUUUAUGACAGCUUCAUGUGAAGAAUAUAUAUUUUAAGGAAAAUUCUAAAUGGAAAGUUCUAUGGCAUAUUAAAAUACUGAAUAAUGAAUGUUAGCUUUACAAGAUGGAAACUUUUCUUCCCGGCGCCUGGGGGUUGUAGCUGUUGAGCCAACCUCUUUUAACUAGAGUAGACAAGGGUGAGAGGGUCUUGGGGGUAGAGUUUUGUACCCUGCUAAACACUGCCAAAUACUAAACAGAAAUGACAAAUUCCUGAACAAACAUAGACAUGCACACUUUCAGAAAUUAGGAAAGGUGAUACCUGUGUGGAUCCAGAAUUUCAGAGCUCAUAUAUGUGUGUUCUCACUUCACAAUGAGUGUGCAUCAUAUGCAUUUGAUGGGGCUUAUGGGUGUAGCCACCCUAGAUCUAACUGGUUAGGUGUUCCGUGUAGACUGUCUCUUAGAGGCAAAAGUGUAAAACUGUGAGCACCUCUGAGUCACACAUGCAUUCCCCAGUUUGUUCUGCUGUCUGGUAUCAGGGACGGGGCAAGUACAGUUUCCACGGCAGAGUCUGUGUGGGUCUGAGAUUGCCUCUGUUACUCAGACAAGACAGGGGUCUUCGAUGUUUCCUUUCCUUUCUCUGUUAGUGUCAGCUGGCUUUCUGUUGGUUUUGAAAAGAACAAUGUAUUUUUAUGGAACAUAUAAUCCCCAAUUAAUUAAUCAAUGCAUAACAUAGAUUCCACAGUAAAAGAUAAACCCUCCUAGCUUAUAUUGAGGCUGUAUAACUAAAUAAAAAAUGGUAAAUAAAUCUCCGAAAAGCCUUUCAUUCUGUGAAAGACAGAAAUCAUACCCUUAAACCAGCCAAUUAAAUUGCAGUGUGUUUAAAGAUUUGAGUAAAUUCUUGUUUUAACCUUUCUAUAUAUUCUUAUUGUGUUUAAAACAGAGGGUUCGCUUAAUUAAAGUAUCUUAAUUAUUUUCUCAAAAAGUGUUAUGUACAAAUCCUGGUUUUUGAAAUAAAAGUGUUAACCAUU